UUGUCUGGUUGCAUGUAGUUUUAUAUCAGCAUUCAUUGGUUGCUCUUAUGGUAUCUAAAGUUUAGUUUAGUUCACUUUAUCUACAGAGUUAGUUGUGAUUUAUCAUUUUAAAAGACGAUUCAAGAUAACGAUACAAACAAACAAUUUUAUCUUAAAUCACUAAAACUAUUUAGGUAUAAUAGUAUUCACCUACUUCAAUUGAUUAAAUGAAAAUCCGCGUAGUUGUUACGAUAAAAUUGAUCGUAAUUAACCAGAUUUGCGCAGUGUUUUAGUAACUUUUCGACGGACUAAAACAAAGUGAAGCUUUUGAGAAGAGAAACUAAUUUUCUAAUAAUCGAAUUAAACUCAUUUGAUUUCAUCGCUUAAAACAUUGUUCAAAGAAAAUAUUUCGCAAAAAAAAGUUGAAAUAAAAUUUACAAAAUAAAAAAUGGCUGAAUCAGAUUUAUCAGACAUUCCAACCGAUGCAAUUCGCGCAGCCCUCCAUGAAACCAUCGAAAAGAAAUUAAAGUCGAAAAAUUAUAAAACUGUUGUGAGUUCUGCGUCAAAGGCCGGGGAAAGUAACUUUGUUGGCAUCGUUCACCGAGUAUCAUUUAACAAAAAUGAUGAAGAAAAACAGGAAAAGUUGAUUCUUAAAGUCGCACCGCAGAAUGAGACACGUCGAGAUCAAUUCAAUUCUCGGGCGUUAUUUUUGCAGGAAAUCAACAUGUACGACAAGAUCUUGCCGUUUCUUAAAGAGUUUGAACAAUCGAAGGGUGUUGUUAUUGAAGAAGAUGGUUUUGUUGAAUAUCCAAAGUGUUAUCGAACUAUUGACGAGGCGCCAAGUGAAAGUCUCUUUCUUGAAGAUCUAAGCGUUCGAGAUUUCGCUAUAAUUGAUCGAUACACCCAAGAAGUUACCGCUGAUCACGUAUACUUGUUCAUGAAAGCGUUGGGCAAGUUACACGCUAUUUCAUUCGCAUUGAAAGAUCAACAGCCAGAGAAAUUCAAGGAACUUGCAUCGAGUUUAAAAGAGAUGUUUUUGCGUGCAAACGAAGAAUUUAUCGGAGAAUUCUUUGAUAAUCAAGCUGAGAGCAUAUUCAAAGUGUUGGAUAACGCAGAAGAUGCACAUUUAUUGGCGAAAAUGAAGAAAGUCUUUGAAAAUGGUGCAUUUAAAACUGCUCUUGAAUGUCUUGAUUUAGAUGGUACCGAUCCGGGUUCGGUGAUUUCUCAUGGAGACUCGUGGCAGAAUAAUUUGAUGUUUCGAUAUGAUGAAAAUGGAAAACCAAUUGAAAUCUGCCUCUUGGAUUUGCAGGUAUCACGCUAUUCGUCGCCAAUCAUUGAUAUUGUUUACUUUAUAUUUUGUUGCACUACAAAAGAACUUCGAGACGCGCAUUACGAUGACUUCCUGAAAGCUUAUCAUGAAAGCUUAUCGGCGCACAUUCGAAGAUUGGGCUCUGAUCCGGAAAAAUUGUUCCCAUUUGCAGUGAUGCUAGAGCAUUUCCGCAAAUACGCAAAAUUUGGAUUGGUUCUAUCGACAGUACUGCUUCCAAUGAUAACAACAGACCGAGGAAAUGGAUUGGAUCUCGAUGAACUCGCUGUCAAAUUUGAAAAGAACAAAGAGAACAAUUUCGAAAACAAAGAAGAUUUGGAUGCAUUUAAUUCGUUCAUUUCAGACAAUUCACGAAUUAAAUUCAACAAACGUUUGAGAGAUGUUGUUAUCGAUAUGGUUCGAUUGGGAUAUGUCUGAAUGUUUGAAGCAACAAUGAAAUAUUCACACAGUAUCAAUACGAUGAGAUGACUAAAAAAAUUAAAAUCAUCAUUAUUUAUGUACACAAGAGUUUAUACAUACAAUUCAAAUAAAUGUAAUCGAAAAAAAAAUGUUGACUUGAAUUUUGUCAUUCUUACUCAUGGUUGCUUCAGAAAUCGUCCGGAAAAAUCAAAAAAUCGUCCAAAAAAUAUUAUAAAAAAUCCGAAAUUUUUGGCCGAUUUUCUCUUUUUUUUGGGCUGUUUCGAAGAAAAUAUUAUAAAAACGUCCAAAUCUGUUUUCGUCUCCUAUUCUGAAAUUCAAAUUUUGUCGAAAAUAUUUUAAAAUUCGUCCAAAAUAUUGAGAAAAUCUCCCAAAAUUCUUCAAAAAAUGAAUUUGGAUUCAUGACAAAAGCCUACCUUUUCUUUACAGAGUGACUUUCAAAACAAAUUUUAAAUAGAAAGGAUUGUAUGGUUUUGAUUUGAUUUUUUUCAAAAUUUAUUUCCGUAGUUCAAUUGAAAUAAAUUGUGCAAAUAAAUUUACAACACAAAACACAGAAAA